AUUGUAACCGGUGGUAGUAGUGGAAUAGGUCGGGCGAUCUGUCAAGUUUUUGCCAGGGAAGGAGCUAGUGUUGCAAUUCUGGGCCGGAACCUUCGAAGACUUUCUGAAACAAUGAAUACUUUGCCAAUAAAUCAUGGAAAUAAGCACUGCAUAAUACAAGCUGAUGUAAGCUCUUCUGAGCAAGUAGCAAGAGCUUUUAAAGAAUCAACGAGACAGAUCGGCAGAAAGACCACAAUUCUUGUGAAUAACGCAGCGAUAGUCAAAACUGAUUUCAUUGAUGAAUUCAAAAUUGAAGAUUUUGAUGAAAUUAUGAAAAUAAAUUUAAAAGGAUAUUUUCUGAUGGUCAAAGAAUUUGUGAAAUUACUAUCAGAUGUGGACAAAGGCCAAGGUUUCUGUUGCAUAGUCAAUGUAUCCAGCAUGUUAGGCAUAAGAGGUUUCCCAUUAUUUGCUGGAUAUUCAGCGAGUAAAUCUGGUAUAAUUGGAUUAACGAAAUGUGUCGCAUCGGAGUAUUCACAACAAAAAAUACGCUGCAAUGCUGUUUUGCCAGGAAUGAUUCAAACUCCUGCGAUUGAAGGUGUGCCGGAAAGUUUUAAAAAAAAUAUUGUAGCACAAACACCAAUGCAAAGAUUGGGAAAACCAGAAGAAGUAGCAAAUGCCUGUUUGUUUCUGGCAUCCAAUGAUAGUUCAUAUGUCAAUGGGGCUUGUCUGGAAGUUUCAGGUGGAUUGUGAGGAUGAACAUAUAACUUCAUAUUUUUAUUUUAUCAUUUGUUCUGAGUGUUACGCUAUGUUAUGUAUAUCAAAUAAAUUAUCUUGUCACUUACAAGUUUAUAUUAUCUUCUCAUUAUCAAUUUAACCAUACUCGUUAAACUGCUGUUAAAAUAAAAGC